AAAUGGUUGAAAAAUAUGGAAAAUCUCGCUUAGGUCGUACAUUCAGAAAGCGGUUGAAUCGGCAAAACAGACUCGAUAGAGACAAAAUUUUGCCUUCAGUAAUUAAAGAUGUAAAAUGGAUAAUUUUCCGAGAUUGGUUAAAGCAAAAGGGAUUUCCAAAAACAAAAUUGACUUUGGCUGAAUUUAAUGGUACUGGAAGAGGCAUGAUGGCGACCAAGGAUAUUGUUGUUGGAGAAAUACUAAUUUCUGUUCCUUUGAGAUUAAUUAUUACAUCUAAAUCCUUAUCUAAUACAAUGCAAA